AUGAAAAAGACACUUCUGCUCUGCUUUAUUCACGGCUUCAAGGGGAAUGAGUCGACCUUUGGAGACAAUUAUGCCUUCACCGAGCAUCUGCGGCGGCUCGUGGCCGCCGCCCUCCCCAAAAUCGAAGUAAAGGCGAUUGUGUACCCCAAGUACGAAACAAGGGGCGACCUGGGCGAGUGCGUCGGGAGGUUUAAUGACUGGUAUGUUGAUAUGGAAGCUGGCAAAAGCAACGGGCUUGCUUACACUAAGCUGAAUCCUAGGCUUCUCAACAAGGUCAUCGACCUCGAAGUCGCCGCCGGCGCCGCCUCUCCGACCAUUGACCCGUCGGUCCAUGUCAUCUUGAUUGGGCACUCGAUGGGUGGGAUCGUAGCCGCCGAGACCGCCAUUACACUCGCUUCCGAACAGCCCAUUCAUGGAAGCACCAACCCAGCAACCGACGACAAUCCGAAGCCCAACGCCGCCGGCGCCACCCCAACACCUCCCCCGCAACCGCCAUCGCCGAACUCGCUAAUGUUCCCCUAUAUCCAGGGCGUUCUCGCCUUCGAUACCCCGUUUCUAGGUAUCUCGCCCGGCGUUGUUGCGCAUGGCGCCGAGAGUAAGAUUACCACAGCCUCGACAGCUAUAUCACAGCUGAGCGGGCUGACGGGGCUGUGGGGAGGAGCGAGAGCAGCGGGGGCCGAGUCGUCAGCAAUGCGCAACCCGCCGGCCCCUGCCCUGCCGGCUCCGGACAGAAACGACAGAGACAAGCCUGCUGCCGCCAACAAGGGCGGCUGGGGCAAAUGGGGCAAUAUUGCCAUGGUUGCAGGGGUCGUCGGGGCCGUAGCAGCCACCGGGGCGGCCGCAUAUAUCAACCGCGACCAGAUCAGCCAGGGUUGGAGCUGGGCGACAUCGCAUAUGGAGUUUGUAGGAUGCCUGGCUCGGAAGGAGGAGCUACGACGGCGAACCGCAUACAUGGUGCGGCUUAACAAAGAACUCGGAGUCGGAUUCGGGAAUUUUUAUACGCGCCUAGGGAAGGCAGCGAGUUCCAAAACGAGCAGUAUUGGGACAAUAGUGAGUGGCCAGCGAACAUUCUGUGUUGUACCGCAGCGGGAUCAGGCUGGUGAUUGGCGGGAAGCAAUCAAUGACAAGGCCACUGAUGAAAUCGAAGCUCACAUGGCUAUGUUCGAACCCAAGGAGAACCCGGGUUAUGAAAGGCUAGCGAUGAACGCAAGGGACAUAAUUGCCAGCUGGUUGCAGAAUGAUUGGUACGAAAGCAGUUUUGGCGAUACGGUCCGCGCUUAA